CGGGUUGCCUGCUGGAUCGGCCCUGCGAGUUGCAGGUGCUUUUGAGUCGGCUGAGGUCGGCAAGCAGCUUCCGUCGCUGGGAUCGACCGCUACUGGACAAGACAUCUGAAACCUGCGUCCAAUCCGGCCUGUUUUGGGCGUGGGGGACACAAGGGCAGAGCUGAAAGGGGCUCAGCGGCGUAGUGAGUCAAAUAAUGUCAGACCCCGGAUUCAACAACCGAUGAUCGCUUUUCAAGUCAGCUUUCGUCUUUCUUCUGGUCUGGGAUUUGGGACUUUUCUUUUUCUUUCUUCCCCGUCUCAACUCAUCGCCCCUUAGAAAAAACACUCCGUUCCGUUUUAAACGCCAUCCAUAUUGCAAACCGCGGGUUCAUGGGGGCGCCAGAGGCCAUCUGUCAGCCUGGGAAUCCUCCUAAAAGAGCAGGCACGGGAGCAACGGAUGUGCCUGGUGGGACACAGCGGGAUCAACCAACUUGACCGCCCGAACGAUGACCGCAGUCGACGAUGACGCCCGGGCGUUGCUUGUCCCGGGACGGUGUGAUAUCCGUGAAUACGGCGCGGUAACGGAUAUCCCGAACAGCUCCGGACACAACAGUGCCAGCGACUCCGAGUCCGAUGUCCAAGAUGGUGUGCGGCGCAUAGAAGCGGUUGCCCGGACGUGGUCGAAAUGGGGGUUGGUGAUAGCUUACCUGAGCAUCUUCCUCAUGGCCUUUACCGUGUCACUGGAGGGUCAGGUGACAUACUCCCUCGCAGCCUUUGCCGUCAGCUCGUUCAACAACCACUCGCUACUGUCGACCGUCUAUGUUGUCCAGGGAGUCGUAAACGCCGUCAUUAAACCUCCCAUGGCGAAGCUCGCGGACGUGUUCGGCCGCUUAGAAGCAUUCUGUAUCUCCGUCCUCCUCUGCGUACUGGGCUACAUCCAAAUGGCAGCUUCGCAAAAUGUUCAAACAUAUGCCUCCGCCCAGAUCUUCUACUCGGCCGGGUCGACGGGUCUCCAAAUCCUGCAGCAAGUCUUCAUCGCCGACACGAGCGACUUCCUCAACCGCGCCCUCUUCUCCAGCCUCCCGGAUAGCCCCUUUCUCGUCACGGUAUGGAUCGGGCCCGCCAUCGCCGCUUUCAUCUUGGCCAAUUCGACCUGGCGAGUGGGCUACGCCAUCUGGGCCGUCAUCCUCCCCAUCGCUUUCCUUCCGCUCGCCCUAAGCCUGUUCCUCAACGGCCGGAAAGCCGAACGGAUGGGCCUCCUUACCAAAAGGAGACGGCGAAACUCCACCGGUGACAUCGACUCCCCGCGGGUAGCAGCAAAACGGCUCUUCCACGACCUCGACGUCGGCGGAACUCUCCUCCUCUCCGGUGGCCUCUCCCUAAUUCUCAUCCCCUUGACCCUUGUCUCGCGCUCACCCUCCGGAUGGCACGACCCCAAACUCCUACUCAUGAUCCUAAUCGGCUUCGUCCUCCUAAUCCUCUUCCCGUUCUGGGAGUCUCGCGCACCACACCCCCUCCUCCCCCUCCAACUCCUCAAAUCCCGCACCUUCUGCGCCGGCUGCGCCCUCGGGUUCUUCUACUUCGCCGUCUUUUACAUCGCCGUCCAGCCCUACUUUUACUCGUACCUCCUCGUCGCCCUGAACCUCCCGGUUUCACGCGCGGGGCCCAUUACGCAAACGUUCUCUUUCGCCUCCACCAUCGCCGCCCUCGUCGCCUCGCUCAUCAUCCGCCGCCUGUCCACCCCGCGGCCCCGGCCCUUCAUUCUCGCCGGUGCGGCGCUCUACACGGUCGCUAUCACCGUCCUCCUGCACACCCGCACCCGCGAAGCCUCGACCAUCACCCUCUUCGCCGCCCAGACCAUGCUUGGCGCCGGCGCCGGCCUCGUGCACGUCGCCACGCAGCUGAUCGUGCAGGCCGCUGCCGCGAGCACGGAUAUCCACGGGCCCGGGCACGGGCACGGACACCCGCAGCAGUACGUCGGCGUCGCUACCGCAGCCUUCCUGACCCUCGUCCAAGUCGGCGCCGCCGUCGGAUCUGCGGUAUCGGGCGCCGUGUGGGGCCGCUUGGUGCCCGGAAAAUUGAGGGAGUACCUGCCCGAGCACGUGCGCGGUGAGGCCGACAAGAUCUAUGCGAGCGUCGUGGUCGCCUGCAGUUACGCGUGGGGCAGCCCUGAGCGGGAGGCGAUCGCGCGGUCGUACCAGGAGACCAUCACCGUCUUGUUGUGGGUUGCGCUGGUGGCCUGCGGGCCUGUGUUGGGGAUGGCGUUGUUGGUGGGGGAUUACCGGCUGGAUGGAACGGGGAAGGGCGUUUCCCCGGAGGAUGACAGGGGCGUGGAAGGGGAGGAAGAGGGUGAACAAGAGGGGGGAGGGGAGGUGAGGGUGGUAGGGGAGACGGACGCCCCGAGCAUGUGGUGGUCUAAGUGGUGGAGUCGGCCGAAGGGGAAGACGGCAUCUGUUUCUGUUUCAAGCGUGCAUAGUUAGACGGGGGAGAGCAUUUGUUCCUAGAUGAUACCCUGAUUUUUUUGCUGUUUAGAACCAUAUACAUACAAUACAGUAUCCAACCGUACAAAGUCACUCUUCUUUACUGAAUCAGAAUCUAACGACCAGAUCGUACAAACAACCCUCUAACUCCCCAACACAACUCAAUCCUCCAAAAGCUU